CCGAUGGCCGACUCAGUGGACGCACAUGCGGCACAGCACCCUGCGCGCAAUGAAGUGCUGGUAGAUGGGCUCACAUUCUCCUCCACAUUUGAUUCGGGGAACAUGCUGUCCGUGGACCGUGGACGUGACCUCGAUGGAGGUGGCUGUGAAUACGUCAUAACGGCGGCGCCGGAUGCUGCAAAACCUGACGCGCAACCCGAAGCUCCCCUGACGUCCACGUCAUGGUUCCACUUUUCUAUCGCGGGUGCAUCCGCAGGUCAAGUGGUAUCGCUUCAAGUGGUCAAUCUCAUCAAGCACUCGUCGCUGUACGACCAGGACAUGCGGCCGGUGACGCGGUCGUUGCCAUCACAAAAGAAGUGGGAGCGCCUGCGUCAAGGUGUCACCUACCAAGUGCAGAAGGAUGGAGAAUUCUCCAUCAGGUUUACACACACCGUGGUCAAGGCAGGCGAGACUCAAUUCUUUGCCUUUUGCUACCCAUAUUCGUACACAGACUUGCAGCGGAUGCUUCGUCGAUUGGAUUCCGAGUUCAGCCAAGACCCUCAAGAUGGCAAGCAGCAGCCGAUGCCAGUCGUUCGAAGUCGGUUACGAUCGCAGCCCAUUUACUACCACCGAGAAACGUUGGCUCACUCGUUGGACGGUCGCAAGGUGGACCUGCUGACCAUUUCGUCAUUGGACAACAUCUUGGACGAGCGCGAGGACGCGCUGCCGGGUUUAUUCCCAGACCAUCCAGCCAUGCCGCGCCCCCGCCACUUUCAAAACAAGCGCGUGGUGUUUGUGACCGCGCGCGUGCACCCUGCAGAAACCCCCGCGAGCUUUGUGCUCGAGGGGGUGCUAUCGUUUUUGCUCAAGGACGACCCCCGCGCACACAAGUUGCUCAAAGAAUGUGUGUUCAAGAUCAUCCCCAUGCUCAACCCCGACGGGGUGGCGCGAGGGCACUACCGCCACGACUCGCUCGGAGCCAACUUGAAUCGGCACUAUAUUCGACCAACGCUCGCGGCUCACCCGACCAUCUUUGCGACCAAGGCCGCCGUCUUGGCCACGUGUCACACCCACAGCAAACUGGCGCUGCACGUCGACUUGCAUGCGCACGCCGCCAAGCGAGGCUGCUUCAUCUACGGCAACAGAUACGACACGAUGCCCGAACAGGCGGCCAGCCAGGUGUACCCCAAGCUCGUGGGGCUGAAUUCAGUGCACUUUGAGUACGACCAGUGCAACUUUUCAGAGCUAAACAUGCACUUGGUCGAAAAGCGUGACGCGGGGUUGUCCAAAGAAGGGUCGGCGCGCGUGGCGCUUCACCGAGAAACGGCGGCCAUGUGCCCGCCCGUGUACUUCUAUACGCUCGAAUGCAACUACAACAUGGGUCGUCAAGCGUGCUCAAUCCCGCACAGUGGAAGUGGCCUCAUGUCUACUGCGCCGUUGAGUCCUGAAGUUGCGCGGAAAUCGUACGUGCCCAAGUAUACGACCGCGUCGUGGGAAGACGUGGGCAAGGGCAUGAUGGUGGCGGUCCUGGACUGGCUGGGAACGAACGAAUGGUCUCGGAUUCCGCACUCGCCCUUCCGCACCAUGGCGGGCUUGGUGCAGGACAUUCGGCAUCACGUCGCGCCAUCGUUUGACUUGAAAGGUUUUGCAAAGGACAAAGCUCCACCGCAUGUGUCCAUUGUUGCUACCAAACCCCCCUUGACCACUCUCAAAAACGAAGAUCGAAAGCUCUCCAAAAGCGACAAACACGAAAUGAAGCGAUUUGGGUACGUUGGGCUGCCCCCCACGACGACCCCCAAGAAGGACAGGACUCGUUCGACCUCCAACAGCAACAACGGGGGCGGGUCGGCGCCCCCAACUGCAGCAUUGCGUAGCCUGUCCAAGCCACCAAUCCUGCGAUCGUCCCCGAACAACAACAACAGUAACCAUUCGAUUUAACUUAAUUCCUUCGCAAUCAUGAUUCACAAAGCACAACUGUGGGGUCACAUUGAGGUUGCCCUUUGCGCAUGAUGGCCGGCUGUUCGUGCGCGUUUCCUACGCACGUGAAGAAUGGAUGGUUGGUAGGACUUGUGUUUUGAUAUUCGUUGAAUACAGUACUGUACCAUGUGUCGAA